UAUUGGCAUGGAACUAAAGAAACAUAUAAAUUUGUGUCAAUUGAUACAUUAUCAAGAAAAUUUGAGGAAUCUCCAUACAGGAAAAAGCUGAAUGAAGAACUUUCUGUUGCAUAUGAUAAGUCCAGGUGUCAUAGAAAUUCUAUAACCUUUCGUGACUAUUCACUUCCUAAGUGGGAACUCUUUCGAGCUUGUAUGUCAAGAGAAUUCCUUCUGUUGAAAAGGAAUUCUUUUAUCUACAUAUUCAAAACUGUUCAGAUUGUCUUUAUUGCAUUCUUAAGUAUGACUGUAUUUUUGAGAACUCGGAUGAGUACUGAUCUUAUACAUGCAAAUUAUUAUUUGGGAGCUCUGUUUUAUGCCCUCAUCGUUCUUCUUGUGGAUGGAUUGCCUGAGGUAUCCAUGACGAUAGCAAGACUUGCAGUUUUCUAUAAACAGAACGACUUGUGCUUUUACCCAGCAUGGGCGUAUGCAAUUCCUGCUGCAAUUAUCAAGAUUCCUCUCUCCCUGUUAGAAUCUGUCAUUUUCACAGGUCUGACCUAUUAUGUCAUUGGUUUCAGCCCCGAGGCCGGAAGGUUCUUCCGGCAAUUACUUCUAUUUUUUCUUGUGCACAUGACAUCACUCUCCAUGUUCCGCUUCUUGGCUUCUGUCUGCCGGACUAUUGAUGCUUCAACAGUUGCUGGUGGUUUAUCAAUCCUAUUCGUCCUUUGUUUCAGUGGAUUCAUAAUACCAAAAUCCUCAAUGCCAGUUUGGCUAAAAUGGGGAUUUUGGAUUUCUCCGUUGACAUAUGGCGAGAUAGGUCUUGCUGUGAAUGAAUUUCUUGCCCCAAGAUGGCAAAAGGCUCUCCAGACAAACACAACUAUAGGGAAUGAAAUCCUUGAAAGCCGUGGGUUAAGCUUUGAUGGAUAUAUGUAUUGGAUAUCAGUUUGUGCCUUGUUUGGCCUUACGCUACUGUUUAACAUCGGUUUCACCUUGGCCUUAACUUUCUUAAAAGCUCCUGGUUCUCGUGCCAUUAUGUCAAUGGAUAAGUACUCCCAAAUAGAACGAAGUAGCGAUUCUUCUGAUAAAGCUGAUUCAGAAGAAAAUUCCAAGACCACAAUUCCUAGCAACUCAAUGGAUUCCCGUGAAGGAGCAGGAAGAAUGGUUCUACCUUUUGAACCGCUAUCUCUUGUGUUUCGAGAUGUUCAGUACUAUGUUGACACUCCUGUGGUAAUGAAGGAGCUUGGUUUCACACAAAAUAAGCUCCAACUUCUUUCUGAUAUUACUGGCGCACUUAGACCUGGUAUACUUACAGCCCUUAUGGGUGUCAGUGGGGCUGGAAAAACGACCCUCCUUGAUGUUCUUGCCGGUAGAAAGACAAGUGGUUAUGUUGAAGGGGAAAUAAAAAUUGGUGGGUACCCUAAAGUUCAAGAGACAUUUGCUAGAGUUUCAGGUUACUGUGAGCAGACAGACAUACAUUCUCCUCAGAUAACUGUAGAAGAAUCAGUUAUAUUUUCUGCUUGGCUACGACUUCAUCCUCAGAUCGACUCCAAAAAAAAAUAUGAGUUUGUGAAAGAAGUCCUUGAGAUCAUUGAGCUAGAUGGUAUAAAAGACAUGUUGGUUGGCAUGCCAGGUGUUAGUGGGCUUUCAACUGAACAACGUAAACGCCUAACAAUCGCUGUGGAGCUUGUUGCAAAUCCCUCAAUUAUCUUCAUGGAUGAACCCACAACAGGGUUGGACGCAAGGUCAGCUGCAAUUGUCAUGCGGGCUGUGAAAAAUGUUGCUGAAACAGGAAGGACAAUAGUUUGCACCAUCCACCAGCCGAGCAUUGACAUAUUUGAAGCAUUUGAUGAG